AUGGAUUAAUAAAAAAUUAUAGAUGAAUCAAUAACUUUAGAUGUCUAAUAACCAAAAUUAAACAAAUUAUAUCUGGUGUGUUCAAUUAAUAGUAAAGAGCCAUUUACAGAUCCUGAAACUAUUUAGACUGAUUUUAUUAGUAAUUAUGCAUCUUUUAAUAAUCUAAAGCUUAAAAAAGUGAGACAUUAAUGGCAUUAAAAAUUCCAAGAAUGUUUGCUUAUAUUGGUCUUACAGGCACUAAAGCUGUCUAGAAUAAAUAACAUGAAGAAUUGCCAAAUCAACUAUUAUGUUGUUUCAGAUUAUUGGAUGUUGAUAACAUUAUAGCUGGAUAUAUGGAUGGUAGAAUAAUGUAAAAGUAGAUUUCGACGCAACGAAUAAUUAAAGAAUUCAAUCGAUAGAAUUAAGAACCUAUAAUUAAGAAAAGACCCAUAAAAAUCCAUAUUUUUCAAAAAUAUUUUGUUACCUUAUUUCUAGAGGGGGUUGUUUGUAUUUAUCACUAAGAUUAUUUAAUGUUCAAAUUCUAUAAUGAAUAUGAAAAAUUCAUUCGAUUAUCAUUCUAAUAUCAUAAAAAGUUAGGUAGCAUUUUAAUAUUAUGUAAGUAAGUUAAAAGACCUUGAAAAAAUUCGAAAGUGACCCCAAUUUUCAUUAUCACUAUUUAAAUUAUGGUGAAUUUUCUAACUUUUAGUUUUGUUAGCCUAAGAUGAAUCCAUAAUUUAUAUUUAGGUUUGAAUCAAUGUCAAUUAAUGAUAUUGAAAUAUUACCCUUUAGUCCAUUGGAACAUCUUAAUAAGCCAGAGUAAAGAAUGGAGAAGGGAUUAUGUAUAGCUAUGAGUGGAUUAGAUGGAUAUUUUAGAUUAUUAGAUGUGAUGAGUAAUAAACCAUUGUUUUCAUUUAAAACUGAAUGUUGUGGGAUUUGUUCAUUUUCAUUUAAUCCAAAUUUCAGCAGUGUAAGUAGAGCUAGUUAAAUAGGUUUGUUUAGGGGCCCAGGAUGAUUCUGCUUAUGUGAUAAAUUUUAAUUCUAAAAUUUCAUGGAUACGUUUGGUGGGACAUAACUCAUUUAUUUCUAGAGGAGUAUUCAGUUCAAUAAGUGCAACAGAGUUUAGAAUAAUAUGUGGUUGUUAUGAUGGUACAAUAUCAAUAACAGAUGUUGAUUUAAAUUAAUUAAAUCCUGAAAAUGGUUUAUUUGUGAAAGCAUAAGAAAAAGAGAAAGUGUUAUAAGUUAAGAAUAUACAAAGUGUAUCAUAGGAUGGAGUUGCAAAUGUAGCAGAAUUUUAGAAUUAUGUUGUUUGCAUGAAUUUUGAUGGAGUAAUUAAAAUUUUUCUAUUGUAAUGA